GGUGAAGGCGGCCGGAUCCAGCAUGUGGGGCCAGGGGAAGUUUGCUGCUUCGAGUGCAGCUGCGGCCGAGGAGAGUGAGAGUCUUUCAGGGAUUGUCCAAGUGGAUGAAGAUACACAUUGCAAUAAAGUUGAAGAUGUGGUUGGAAGUCAUGUAGAAGAUGCAGUGACAUUUUGGGCCCAGAAUAUCAAUAGAAAUAAGGAUAUUAUAAAGAUUGGUUCUUUACUGUCAGAAGUUUGUCCUCAUGCCAAUUCAGUUUUUGGGAAUCUUGAUUCAAAGAAGAUUUAUGGAGGAUUAUUUUCUGAAGAUAAGUGUUGGUACAGAUGCAAAGUACUGAAAGUCAUCAACGAUGAAAAGUGUCUGGUGAGGUACAUUGACUAUGGAAAUACUGAAAUUCUGAACCGAUCUGAUAUUGUAGAAAUUUCUUCAGAACUACAGUUUUCUAGUGUUGCCAAAAAGUAUAGACUGUGGGGACUACAGAUUCCUUCUGGCCAAGAAGUUACCCAGUUUGAUCAGGGCAGAACCUUUUUGGGGAGUUUGAUUUUUGAAAAGCAAAUAAAAAUGAAAAUUAAAGCAACCUAUCAAGAUGGAACAGUCAUUGCUCAGGCUGAAUAUGGUGGUGUAGAUAUUGGAGAAGAAGUGGCUAAAAAAGGAUUUGCAGAAAAAUGCAAACUUACUUCCAGCUCUCAAGUCUGUGAAGAAAAGAAAUCGGACCCUAGUCAUCUUACCCUCAGGAAUCUCAAGAAUACAAUUCCCUUGUGGGGGCACCGAUCCAACCAAUCAAACUUCAGCAGGCCAAAAGGGCGUUUAAAUGGGAGGCUUCCUCUUGACUUGCAGGAUGAGAGUAGGUCAAGAAGUCAAGUGACAUUUCCAAAGGAAAGUUUGGCUGUUGGUAACUUUAAUUUAGGAUCUAAUGUUAGUCUGGAAAAAAUUAAGCAAGACCAGAAACUGAUGGAAGAGAAUGAAAAACUUAAAAAUGAGAAAGAAGUUCUACUUGAAAGUUACAAGGCAUUAGAAUUGAAAAUAGAACAGACUUCCCAGGAGCUACAGCAAGAGAAAGCAACUACUAUGGAUUUGACUAAACAUUUAGAAAGUACUCGGAAGACUCGUGUGGGUACCAGAAUGAAAAAUCUGGCAGCUAAAGUGGAAAUAUUGAAAGAAAUUAGACGUGUGAACAUCAGUUUUGGAAAUGACCUUUCAGAUGCUAUUCAAGUAUUGAAUGAAGGGUACAUUACUACUCCAACUUCUUUAACUGAAUUAGAAAAAGUUUGGGCAGAAUACAAUCUGGCUCAGAAGAAUAUUCAAAGUUGUUAUAAUGAGGAUGAAGGGAAUAUUUUGAUUGCUGAAAGAAAUGAAGUGCAACAGAAGCUAUACAUGACAGUAGAUGUUUUUAUUCUGGAAGUAGACGACUUACCACUUAAUAAACGCCUGAAAACACUUAAGGAUUUAUCUACCUCUUUAGCAGCAGUGUAUGGACAAGCUAAAGAAGGAACAAACUCUGAAGAAAUACUUAGAAAAUUUUAUGAUUGGAAGUGUGAUAAAGGAAAGGAGUUCACAAGUGUUAGGAAUGAAACAGAGGCUUCUUUGCAGCAUCUUAUAGCAUGGUUCCAGAGCAUCCUAAAGGUUUUUGAUCUUUCUUUGGAAAAAUCACUGACUUCUCAAAUCAAAAUUGAUGAUAUUGAUGACAUCCUAGAAAAGACUGAAUCGUGUGUUUGCAAAGAGCUGGAGUUAGCUCUAACUGAACAACAUGAUGCAGACAAAGAGAUCAUUUUAAAUACAUAUAGUCAAGUAUUACAGAAGAUCUAUUUAGAGGAAAGGCUCAUUGUUACACUACAGUCCAAGUAUAAGGACAGCGUUGAGUUUAAAAGUCAGAUUAUUGAAUGUUUAAAUAAGAAACCCAGUGUGGAUCACUUGCUGUCCAUUAAGAAAAUGCUGAAAAGCUUGAAAGCUCAACUGAGAUGGAAACUGGUGGAAAAGAAUAAUUUGGAAGAAUCUGAUGACCAUGAUGGAUCUGAAAUUGAGAAAAUAAAACAAGAAAUUACUGAGUUACGUUAUAGUGUCUUUCAGGAAAUUUAUCAUGAGAGGGAAGAGUAUGAGAUGCUGAGUAACUUGGCACAGAAAUGGCUCCCUGAGCUUCCUCUACUUCACCCUGAAAUAGAAUUACUAAAAUACAUGGACUCUGGUGGUCUUCUUACUACAAGCUUGGAACGAGAUCUUCUUGAUGGUGAGCCCAUGAAGGUACUUAGUAGCAAGCGUCCUGUGGUAUGCUCUGAAGUUAAUGGGAAGCCAGUUCUUUUAAAGGGCUUUUCUGUGGAUGUUGAUACAGAAGUUAAGGUGAUUCAGAGAGCAGCCAGUUACUACAAAGCUUGUAAAGAAACUAGAGAGGAGUCUGGGUUACUGCCAUUGAUAUUCCUGUUUUUGUGUAAGUCUGAUCCAAUGGCUUAUCUGAUGGUUCCAUAUUAUCCUAAGGCAAACUUGAGUGCAGUUCAAGCCAGUAGGCCUUUAACUUCAGAAGAAGCUUUAAAAGUCAUGAAAGGUGUUGCCCAGGGCCUGCAUACAUUACACAAAGCUGGCAUAAUUCAUGGAUCACUUCAUCAGAACAAUAUAUUUGCUUUAAAUCGUGAACAAGGAAUUGUUGGAGAUUUUGACUUCACCAAAUCUGUGUGUCAGAGAGCCUCAGUGAACAUGAUGGUUGGUGGACUGAGUUUGAUGUCACCUGAAUUGAAGAUGGGAAAGGCUCCUUCCCCAAGUUCAGACUUAUAUGCUUAUGGCUGCCUUUUAUUAUGGCUUUCUGUUCAGAAUCAGGAAUUUGAGACAAAUGAAGAUGGAAUCCCCAAAGUGGAUCAGUUUCAUUUGGAUGAUAAUGUCAAGUCUCUCCUCUGUAGCUUGAUAAACUUUAGAAGUUCAAUGACUUCUGAACAAGUUUUGAAUGCUGAAUGUUUCUUGCUGCCAAAGGGGAAGUCAAUUCCAAACCCAGAAAAAGAGGUGGAAUAUGUUCAAUAUAAAAAGGAAGACGAAUUAAAGAUGGAGAACCUAGAUAACUAUAAAGAAAACAGAAGAGGUAGUGAAGCCAACAUUGAGUGAUAAAUUGCGACUCUUUUGUAGGUAGUAUUCCUUUAAAAGCUUGAUGAAUAGACAAAAAAUAUGGAAAAUGUUCUUGAGCUAGUUGGACUGUGUGUUCAGGUUGCAA